GCACAGAGUGUGACGUGUAAAAGGCAAAGGUUUUUCUUUCACAAUUUCAUUUUAAUUUGAUUAAAAGCAUUUAGAAAACUAUCUUAAAAUGGGUUCAUUUCGUCGCGAAAAGGAUGAGGAAGAGGAUGGUCCAACAAACGCGUACCAGAAUUUAGAGAAGACGUCUGUGCUGCAGGAGACACGUACAUUCAACGAGACACCGGUGAAUGCGCGAAAAUGCAUACACAUACUCACCAAGAUCCUCUACCUGAUCAACCAAGGCGAGGUGCUGGUGCCACGCGAGGCCACCGACUGCUUCUUUGCCAUGACAAAGCUGUUCCAGUCGAAGGAUGUGGUGCUGCGCCGCAUGGUUUAUCUGGGUAUCAAGGAGCUGAGCUCCAUAGCAGAAGAUGUCAUCAUUGUUACCAGUUCUCUGACCAAGGACAUGACUGGCAAGGAGGAUCUCUAUCGUGCCGCCGCUAUACGCGCUCUCUGCAGCAUUACGGAUAAUACCAUGUUGCAAGCAGUUGAACGUUACAUGAAACAAUGCAUUGUGGACAAGAAUGCUGCAGUUUCUUGUGCGGCGCUGGUGAGCUCACUUCGUCUGGCUUACACAGCCGGCGAUGUGGUCAAACGUUGGGCCAACGAGGCGCAGGAAGCCUUGAAUAGCGAUAACGUUAUGGUGCAAUAUCAUGCACUUGGAUUGCUCUAUCACAUACGCAAAUCGGAUCGUUUGGCGGUCUCCAAGCUGGUCAACAAGCUGACGCGCAAUGCGAUGAAAAGUCCCUACGCUGUUUGCAUGCUGAUACGCAUAGCCUGCAAGUUGAUUGAGGAGGAAGAUAUACCUGCUGAGGAGCUGGCCGAUUCGCCGCUAUACACUUUCAUCGAGUCGUGCUUGCGCCAUAAGAGCGAAAUGGUUAUCUAUGAAGCCGCACAUGCCAUUGUCAAUCUGAAGAAUACAAAUCCACGCAUGCUUUCGCCUGCGUUCUCCAUACUGCAAUUGUUCUGUGGCUCGCCAAAGGCAACGAUGCGUUUUGCCGCUGUGCGUACGCUCAACAAGGUGGCCAUGACGCACCCAGCUGCUGUAACCACGUGCAACUUGGAUUUGGAGGGUCUUAUUACAGACCAAAAUCGUUCAGUUGCCACGUUGGCUAUAACUACGCUUUUGAAAACUGGCGCCGAGUCGUCUGUGGAGCGUUUGAUGAAACAAAUUUCAACCUUUGUGGCUGAAAUCUCUGAUGAAUUCAAAGUGGUGGUGGUGCAGGCCAUUUGUGCACUCUGCACCAAAUAUCCACGCAAGCAUACUGUGCUCAUGAAUUUCUUGAGCGGCAUGUUGCGCGAAGAAGGCGGCUUGGAGUAUAAAACAUCUAUUGUGGACACUAUCAUAACCAUUAUUGAGGAAAAUGUCGAUGCCAAGGAGUCUGGCUUGUCGCACUUAUGCGAGUUUAUUGAAGAUUGUGAGCACGUAUCGUUGGCUGUGCGCAUUUUACAUUUGUUGGGCAAGGAGGGUCCGUUUGCAGUGACGCCUUCAAAGUAUAUACGCUUCAUCUACAAUCGCGUUAUACUGGAAAGUCCUGUGGUACGCGCUGCCGCUGUCACAGCUAUGGCACAAUUUGGCGCCUCUUGUCCCGCCUUGCUGUCAAACAUUCUGGUGCUGCUUGGCCGCUGCCAAAUGGAUCCAGAUGAUGAAGUGCGCGAUCGUGCCACGUAUUAUUUAAAUAUAUUGAAUACUGCCAAGCCAGAGCUCUACAAGAACUACAUAAUUGAGCGUGAGAACUGCUCGCUGGCUUUGCUGGAGAAGGCAUUGAGCGAGCAUUUGCACGGCGAUUUGCAAACGCACUUUGACAUUUCCGUCGUACCCAAGGCUGCUAUUGUCAAGCCUGAGAUAAAUAACGAUGUUAUGCUUGUCACCAGCAGCGCGCCACGUGCACCCAAGAUAACUCGCGAGGAGGAGAGUGCUGCGCGUCUGGCGCAGUUACCGGGCAUACAAGUACUUGGACCAAUACAUCGUAGCACACCGCCCAUACAGUUGACAGAAAGCGAAACGGAGUACACUGUGCAGUGCAUAAAACAUAUUUUUGGACGCCAUGUUGUGUUCCAAUUCGAUUGCGUUAAUACGCUUUCCGAUCAGUUUUUGGAAAAUGUUCGUGUGGAGCUAACAUUGCCAGAGGGCUUCACGCAAUGUGCUGUCAUACCAUGCCUCAAAUUGCCCUACAACGAACUGCAGACAACAUUUGUCAUUGUCGAGUUUCCACAAGAAGUUUGCUUCUCAACAGCUACAUUUGGUGCCACGUUGCGCUUCGCAGUCAAGGACUGUGAUCCCAACACUGGUGAGCCCGACUCUGAUGAGGGCUAUGACGAUGAGUAUAUGCUGGAGGAUUUAGAAAUCACAGUGGCUGAUCAAAUACAGAAAACGAAAAAGACCAACUUUCAAGUGGCCUGGGAUGCGGCCGACAGUGAGGAAUGGCUUCAAGCUGAGGAUACAUUUGUGCUGUCUGCGGUUAAUAAUUUGCAGGACGCUGUCAAUACCAUUAUUAAAAUACUUGGCCUAGGUGCAGCGAAUCUGUCCGAGAAAGUGCCCGAAGGCACACACUUGCAUACGCUACACUGCUCAGGCACCUUCCGAGGCGGAGUUGAAGUGCUGGUGCGUGCCAAGUUGGCGCUCUCUGAGGGUGUAACGUUGAAUCUGACAGUGCGUAGCACAGAUCAAGAGGUGGCCGAGUUAAUAACGGCGGCUAUUGGAUAAGAUCGCGCCCCCUGCAGAAAUCUUAUUGAGUUUCUGCGUGCUAUCCAUAUGUUAUAGAAUAUAUAUAAACGAAAUGUAAAACAAACUAAAAAAAAAAGUUAAGGUAAUCAAAAAAAAAUAUAAUAUUUUGUAGCUUUAAGCGGCGCCGCUUGUAAUAAUUGCAAUUUGCCAUGAGCAGUUCUCAGAUCGAACUAAUGUGGCUGCAACUAAAUAUUUGUUUUUUAAUGAAAAUUGUUUAAAUAUGCGCACAUUUUGUUUAUUCGUCACAUGAUUUGUACCAAUUUUUGCAGCGCAUUUAGUCUAAGUAUUAAAAACAACUAAAAUUUAAAUAUAUGCAAUACCAAACAACAAAAUUAUUCCAUGCUAAUAAAAUU